UGAUCGAUCCAUCCAUACAUUGCCAGAGACCAGAGUGCAAAGUGCAAAUUGAGGUCUAGCUACCCUAGCGCACAUGGACGGCGUGAUGCCAACACCAAAUUCGCAAGCACCAGCGCUCAGCGCUGUGCACGUGGACAAGCCCCUCGCCGCCGCUAACUGCCUCCUCGCCGGCCUCCACGCCAUGCUUGCCGCCGCCGCCAUCGCCCACCGCACUUUGCUGCUGCUCAGCGGCGGCGCCGGCGUGUCCCGCCACGUCGCCAUGGUCGCCGCCGACCUAGUGCUCUUGUUCCUCUGGGCGCUGUCCCAGGCGCCCAUGUUGCGCCCCGUCUCGCGCGCCGCGUUCCCGGAUAGGCUGCUGGCGACCCGGCGCCGGAGAGCGCUCCCGGGCGUGGACGUGAUAGUCGUGACGGCGGACCCGGACAAGGAGCCGACAGUGGAGGUGAUGAACACGGUGGUGUCAGCCAUGGCGCUGGACUACCCCGGCGGGAGGCUGAGCGUGUACCUGUCCGACGACGCCGGGUCGCCGCCGACGCUGCUCGCCGCCCGGAAGGCCUACGCCUUCGCCAGGUCCUGGGUGCCCUUCUGUAAGAAAUACCAGGUACAGUGCCCGUGCCCCGAAAGGUACUUCGCCGGCGACGACCAGGACGGCGGCGGCGGGGACCGCCGUGAGCUCGCGGAGGAUAGGCUGAGAGUCAAGAAAGCCUACGAGGCGUUCAAAGAAGGCAUAGAGGAGGUCAAGAAGAAGCAGCAGCGGCUGGGAAUGGGUGUCUCUGCUGGUGCAGGAACAGAAGCAGGAGGACGUCAGGAUCACGAUGCUUACGUGGAGAUCAUCACCGACGACGACGACGAUGGCAACACCGAGGGCCACCCUGCCGGCGACCAAGACGUUGAGACGCACAUGCCGUUGCUGGUGUACGUGUCCCGCGAGAAGCGGAGGGCGUCUCCUCACCACUUCAAGGCCGGCGCGCUCAACGCUCUACUCCGGGUGUCGAGCUUGGUGAGCAACUCGCCGUACGUGCUGGUGCUGGACUGCGACAUGAACUGCAACAGCCGGAGCUCCGCCCUGGAGGCCAUGUGCUUCCAUCUCCACUGCACUCCGCCGAACAAGGACCUGGCCUUCGUGCAGUUCCCGCAGAUGUUCCACAACCUCAGCGCCAACGACAUCUACGCCAACGAGCUCAGGUCCAUCUUCUCGACUCGAUGGAAAGGCCUGGACGGUCUCCGGGGCCCGGUCCUCUCCGGCACCGGCUUCUACAUUAGGAGGGACGCCCUCUACGGUGCCACGCCGGCCGGCACGCAAGGUGGAGAGUUUUGCUCGAUGGAGAGUAGGUUCGGCCACUCCAGCCACCUUGUGGCGUCGGUGCGCGACCUGCACCGAUCAGCAUCCAGCUGCAACACGGUUGUGCGCGGUGGUGCUCUUCUUCCACAGGAUGCAAAGCUCGUCGCCUCCUGCGCCUACGAGGCGGGCUCCGGAUGGGGCGAUCAGGUCGGGUUCCUGUACCACUCUGUGGUGGAGGACUACUUCACCGGCUACCGGCAGCUCUUCUGCCGUGGGUGGACGUCGGUCUACUGCUACCCUGCGCCGGCGUCGAGGCCGCCGUUCCUCGGCAACAUGCCGACCAACCUCAACGACGUGCUGGUCCAGAACAAGCGCUGGAUGUCCGGCCUGCUCGCCGCCGGCCUCUCCAGGCACUGCCCACUCACCUCCCGGACCGCCCUCGCCGUCUCCGUACUCCAGACCAUGUCCUUCGCCUACUACGCCUUCGCCGCCGUCUACGCCUUCCCGGUGCUGUGCUACGCCACCCUCCCGCAGGUCUGCUUCUUCCGUGGCGUCCCACUCUUCCCCAAGGUUGGGAGCAGCCCGUGGUUGGCCGUGUACGCCGCCGUCUUCGCGUCGUCGUCGCUGCAGCACCUGAUGGAGGUGGUGGUGGCAAAACGGAGGCUGGCGGUGAGGACGUGGUGGAACGAGCAGAGGUUCUGGAUGCUCAACGCCGUCACCGGCCAGCUCUUUGCCUGCAUCAGCGUCCUCCUGGAGCAGAUAGGCGCCGGGGACGUGGACUUCGAGCUGACGAGCAAGGCGGCCGACGGCAAGCUGUACCAGGACGGCGUGUUCGACUUCACGGGGUGCUCCACGCUGGCUCCCGGCAACCACGCUCGCCGUGCUCAAUGCCGUUGCGCUGGUCGGAGGAUCCUGGAAGAUGAUCAGAGGCGGCUUGUUCAGCGACCUGUUUGCGCAGUUCUUCCUUACGUGCUACGUUGCAGCAUUCAGCUACCCGCUGGUGGAAGGGAUGUUCCUCAGGCAGGACGCCGCAAGGGUUCCCGCCGGCGUCACCGCACUGUCCGUCGCCUUGGCUGCCGUGACGCUUUCCUUGUUUGGGUAGGGCAAACCAUUUUAUUGGGACUUCAGAUCUUCUGGGUCUCUCUCUGUACUAGCUACAUACAAAGUUGAUGCAACCUACAACAAGUUGACUCUGCC